AUGCAUUGGUCCGCGUUAAAGGCGCUCGCGCUCGGCGCCGCGCUGCUGCAGACCCCCGCGUCGGGCGCCCCCGUCGAGGGCCCGGCGGCGGCCCCGCGCCACGGCAUGCCGGUGGUGCACACGACCACGACGUCGCACGGCCAGGUCAUCGACUGGGUGCGGCCCGAGUCGCAGGUGCAGGCCGGCAGCAGCAUCGCCCAGCCGCCGCCCGCGUCGGCCAUGAGCCAGGGCAAGGCCAAGCGCCAGGGCGGCGGCCCCACGGGGUCCGGCUCCGGCACCACGCCGACGCUGGAGCAGCUGCUGCGGGACCCGUCCGUCAAGGGCCCCGAGGGCACCGUGCCGAUCCUGCGCGCCGCCGCCGGCGGACCCACCCUGCCGCCGAAGCGGCUCCCCCGCCCGGAGGACCACGGCGCGGGCGUCGCCAACGGCACCGAGAAGCGCUCCUACGCCGGCACGCACUGGUACGCCAGCUCGAACCAGUUCGUGACGAGCCUCGGCGGCAUGGCGACCUACUCCCUCUUCAGCCCGUACACGCAGCGCGGGUCCGACUUCUCGCUGCUGCAGACGGCCGUGGUGCGCGGCGGCGCGGCGCACGCCGGCACCGGCCCGCUCGACCAGACGGUCGAGGCCGGCUGGAUCGCGUACCCGAACCAGGUGUCGGGCACGCACCUCUUCUCCUACUUCACGACCAACGGGUACAGCGCCGACGGCGACAACAUCGGCGGGUGGAACCGCGACCGCGCCGGGUGGGUGCAGUACGACGCCACCAUCUACCCGGGCGUCGCCUUCUCGCCCCUCUCCGUCGACGGCGGCACCCAGUACGAGAUGCAGAUCGGCUACAGGCUCUACAACGGCAACUGGUGGCUGUGGGCGCUCGACCGCUGGGUCGGCUACUACCCGGCCAGCCUGUUCGCGCAGGGCGUCAACGUCGACGACACGCUCGGCGGCCACUCGGACCGCAUCCACUACUACGGCGAGAUCUACAACAGCGGCGACGACAUGACCACCACGGACAUGGGCAGCGGCCAGUUCGCCGAGGCGGGCUGGUACCACUCGGCCUACCAGCACAACAUUGUCUACUACGACACCAACGCCAACCCCGUCGACUACGACGCCGGCAGCCAGCUCGUCAUCAGCGACUCCGGCCGCUACAGCCUCGUCAAGCACUUCAAGUCGGGCAACGAGUGGGGCAGCUACAUGUACCUGGGCGGCCCCGGCGCUGGCGGAGUCAUCGGUGGGUGA